ACGGAGACAAGACGCCGCGAACGGACCGACAGGGAUGAAAGCGGGUGUGAUCCACUGUAGAUGCUCCAGGUGCUUCUUGGUCCCUUCAAAGCGAAAGCUGAGGAAGAGACCCCGAGUUCUCACGCUGCUGUGCCUUCCGGAAGAUGUUCUCUUCCACGUUCUUAAGGGGCUGCCUGCUGAGGAUCUCCUUUCCCUCCGAGCUGUCCACUCUCAUCUUAAGUACCUUGUAGAUAACCAUGCUAGUGUUUGGGCCUGUGCAAGCUUUCAAGAAGUAUGGCCUUCUCUGAGCAACUUGAAAAUAUUUGAGAGGGCUGCAGAAAAGGGUAACUUCGAAGCUGCUGUGAAACUUGGCAUAGCCUACCUCUACAAUGAAGGCUUAUCGGUUGCUGAUGAGGGCCGUGCAGAAGUGAACGGGUUGAAAGCCUCUCGUUUCUUCAGCCUGACGGAGCGCUUGAACACCUGCGCUGCGCCGUUUGUCUGGCUGUUCAUUCGCCCGCCCUGGUCUCUGAGUGGAAGCUGUUGUAAAGCUGUCGUCUUCGAGAGCCUCAAAGCGGAGUGUCAGCAGCAAAAAUCUCAGAGAGGAUCAAUUCUCUAUUGCCUUGCUAAGGUUCUAAAUCUCUUUGAGGAUGAAGAGAAGAGAAAAGAAGCUUUUGAAAUGUUUGAACACUCCUCGAGGCAGGGUUGCUUGCACAGUUCCUACCUCCUCUGGGAAAAUAACAGAAAAGCUGCUAUGUCUGACCCCGGUAGAUAUCUACAGAGCCUCAGGAAACUCAGGGACUAUGCAGCCAAGGGCUCCUGGGAAGCCCAGAUAGCUCUAGCCAAAACUGGUGGAAAUGGAAACCAAUUAGGGCUGGAAAUGAAAGCCUCCAACGAGACGGUGUCUCAGCUCUUCCAGACCUCCGUUCCUCUCAGCAAACAGAGCAUCUUCACUGUUCAGAAGGGAAUGAAUGAAACCAUGAGAUACAUUCUAAUUGACUGGCUGGUAGAAGUGGCCACUAUGAAGGAUUUCUCAAGCCUCUGUCUCCAUAUGACAGUGGGGUGUGUCGACCGAUACUUGAAAAUAAGACCUGUGCCCCGGGCUCGUCUUCAGCUUUUGGGAAUUGCAUGCAUGGUUAUUUGUACACGUUUUAUCUGCAAAGAGAUUCUGACGAUACGGGAAGCUGUUUGGUUAACAGACAACACGUACAAAUAUGAAGAUCUUGUCAGGAUGAUGGGGGAGAUCAUCUCUGCCCUUGAAGGGAAGAUAUGGAUUCCGACUAUUGUGGACUACAAAGAGGUGCUGCUGAACUUAGUCCCGUUGGAAAGAAGAACUGUGUCCCUGUACAGCUUCAUCUGUGAACUCUCCCUCUUAAACACAGGCCUUUGCAUGUACUCUCCGGCCCGUUUGGCUGCAGCGGCUUUACUGCUAGCAAAAGUAUUGCACAAGCAAGCUCGUCCUUGGACUGGCCAAUUAUUUGAAAGCACGGGAUUUUCCCUUGAAGAGCUGACGCCCUGUGCGCUGAGUCUCCACAAGAAAUGCUUCCAUGAGGAUGUGCCAAAAGAUUAUAGGCAGGUGUCCCUUACUGCUGUAAAACAACGAUUUGAAGAUGAGCGCUAUGAAGAAAUUGGCAAGGAAGAGGUGAUGAGUUACAGCCAGCUCUGCUCGCUGCUAGGUGUGAAACAGGAGAAUCCGGAGCCUGACUCUUUGUACAUGAACACAGUGGAAACUUUCCUCACUUCUCCAUCAGGAAAAAGAACUAAAAGGAGAAGAGAAGACAGCAUCCAGGAAGACAGGGGCAGCUUCGUCACUACACCCACAGCUGAACUGUCCAACCAGGAGGAAAGUCUUCUGGAUAACUUCCUGGACUGGAGCUUGGAUUCCUGCUCUGGUUAUGAAGGAGAUCAAGAAAGUGAAGGCGAGAAAGAAGGAGAUGUUACAGUUCCUUCUGGAGUUCUGGAUGUAACUGUGGUGUGUAUGGACCCUGAAGAGCACAACAGCUGCUGCUGCGAAGAGUCCAGCGAUGAGGAGAGCAUCAACGAAAAGGGGUCUAUGUAUAACUUAAAGAAUGAUGACCAGCCGGGGGGUGAGCGGAUGUGGUUUGCAUGCCACGCCCUGCAAAAAUCUCCCAAUGAUGCCAGCUCUGGGUAUUCCUCUGUCAACAGUGCCAGCCCUACUUCCACUAUCAAUUGCAACUUCGGCGCACCUGCCAAAGCUACCUCAGUGCAGCCUCCGGGCCCUGCCAAGAACAAAGGCCUAUCACUGCUUCUUGACUCAGAAUAUUCUCCAUGCUCUGCCUCUGUUAGAUCUGGCAGAAGGCAAGCAAAACGGAAAAAUGUGGCGGAGUCUAAUGAAGAGGAGCGGAUGAACUUGGGCUUCUUAAGUCUCUGAUGGCCCAGUGCUGUUUACUUUAGUGCCCAGUGUCUCUGAAGCAGGGGGAGGUUUAUUGUGCCUCUCUCUGGUGGGGGCGCUGUACAAGGUUGUAGGCUACAUUCCAUGUUGGGGCUCAUGACUUGUGCAACUCGGGUCUCCCGUAAUGUUUACUUGAGACCUUUCCCAAGGUUUCUGUCUUCUUCCCUACAUUUCAUCUCGUGGUGGUGUGCUUUGUGGCCAAACUCAGGCUUAAGGCACUAGCCGACAUAAUUGUGGUUUUACUUGUCCUCCACAACGUGGCUGUGUAAACUUGCUGUCGGGGGUAAGUGGCAGUGAACAAAUAACACUAUUGCCACGUCUUCCUCCUAUUCUGUAUUCUGUUGUGCCAAAUGACAUGGUCAAGCAAUCUUGAACAGGGCUUCAGAUUUAGCUCUACCCUAAUCCCUUCCACCUCUGCUAGAUUUGAUCACCAUCUUACAAAGGACUGAGCUAAUACCUCCCCCACCCCAAUUUUAUGGGAUCUUUGCCUCCUG